CAGGCGCCGUGGGCGGCGGGGCGGGUCGAGGCGGCAUGGAGCGGUUACGUUGGCGGGUGGCGGCUGUGGCAACCUUGGGUCUCGCGCUGGCUCUGGAGGCGCUGCCCUCCGUGCUGCACUGGCUGCGGGCCUGGCGACGGCGAGGGUGGCGGAGUUCUCUGCGGCGCGAGGUGCUCUUCUUCCCGUCGCAGGUGACCUGCACCGAGGCUCUGCUGCAGGCCCCAAGCGAGGGGCCGUCGGGGCCGCCAGCGGGCUGCCUGUGCAGCCUGCCCCACGGCGAGAGCUCGCUCAGCCGCCUGCUGAGGGCCCUGUUGGCCGCCCGCGCCAGCCUCGAGCUCUGCCUUUUUGCCUUCUCCAGCCCGCAAUUGGGGCGCGCGGUGCAGCUGCUUCACCAGCGCGGGGUGCGCGUCCGGGUCAUCACCGACUGCGACUACAUGGCCCUCAACGGUUCGCAGAUCGGCCUGCUCCGCAAGGCAGGCAUCCAGGUGCGACACGAUCAGGACCUGGGCUACAUGCAUCACAAGUUUGCCAUAGUGGACAAGAAGGUGCUGAUCACGGGCUCCCUCAACUGGACCACUCAAGCCAUUCAGAACAAUAGAGAAAAUGUUUUGAUUAUGGAGGAUGAAGAGUAUGUGAGGCUUUUUCUGGAAGAAUUUGAGCGUAUCUGGGAAGAGUUUAAUCCUACAAAGUAUACCUUUUUCCCACAAAAGAAGAGGAAUCACUGAAGCUGCGCUCUUGUCUUCAGAGUUCAAGGCGAGAACGGUGUUCGGUGUUACAGAACUUUUGUCCCCGCAGUCGAAACCACACCAGAUCUAAAAGGAUGGGACUCAGGACGGGCCUGUGCCCGCCCAGAGCGGCUGCCGGGUUCUGUCCGUGUCAGACUGUGCAGUCUACGUGAGAGAAAUCUCAACGUGAGGAAAAAACACAUUCAGACUCCGUUCUCGUUCAUUAAAACCACUAAAGUGAAGUGCAGAGUGGGGUUAAGGAGGAAGGGGAAUCCCUGCAACCCGAGUCUCUCGUUUCAGGUCAGCUCGCUUCCCACCAGUACGUUCGGCGACAGCUUUUCAGGAAGGGGCGUUCUGGAACUCGCCUCCUGCCUUGGGCCGGGUUUCUCCUGCUGUACAGAAAAGGCAAGAUACCUCUUUCAGGACGUAAAGGCUGAUUCCUCUUCCUGACUCUAGAGAAUCUCUUACUAUGGCAUCCGCUCCCCUGGCACUGUCUCCCACACUGUCUCCUCCUUUCCUGUUGGCCUGGCCCAACCCUUCCAGCACAGCUAACCCCCUGGGAUGGGCCAGAGGUCGGCAGUCUCUCCAUUUCUGCUGUCACCGGCUCGUGGGUGCUUAUGGGCAGGUUUGAGUCCGAAGACGUUAAGGAGAGAAGUCAGGAAAAAGGGCAGGAGAGGGGGGUGCCGGGCACGGCAGGAGUGGAGAGCCGCCUUCCGGGCCCCCCUGCAAGCAUUGGUUGCCACCACAGCGGGCAGGUCAUUGUCCUAGCCGGGGUGCCUUGCAUGGUGACCCUUUAAAAUAAAUACACAGGAGAAAAAAAGAACCCCACAAGUACCCAGGAGAAUGUUCAUCUUCCACAGCUUCCCUUCUGUUUUCAUCGUGGUGAGUUGCUCCGUCUGUCAGCAAGGACUGGAAGUGGCCAGAGGCUGCUUCUGUUUCUGUGUGUUAAGCCUUUAAUUGUUAGCAUGCUUGCAUUCAAGGUAAUUUUGUGCUCUUAGAAGUGACCUUCACUGUACCACCUGUGAACUUGGCUAGUUGGCAUUUUUGGCUCAGCGUAAUCAAUCAUGGGUUACCUGACCAUCUGGAGGAAUAAACUAGAAGAGAGCCUCUUUUCAGGCUGUGGCAUCUCACAGAUCUGUUUUUAUUCUCAGCUCAGGGAUUUGCUUUCACCGUUGAUUAGAAUAGCUAUCUUACGUACAUUUGUGAAAUGUUAUUUUUUCAUUAACGUGUAUCUUUAUAGAGAGAUUGUUCACAUGACACCUGAAUAGCGAUUUGGCCAUCUUGUCCUAUUUCUGUAUGUAAUCGUCCUGACGUCUGUUGGGCGUGUUUCACUUUCCCCAUCAUGCUCAUGGAGCCACCUGGAGAGACCACUCAUCGCUGCAUGUUUUUCCCUGUUUAAAGUUAUCUUUGACUUACUGUGUUAGGCAAGGAAAUGCAAAGUUAAUUUUCCUGAUUUAAUUGAAGCUAACGAGUAUAAUACAUGGAUUGGAGCUCACAGGAAAUGGUUUUGGACUGAAUGUGUUUUUUCCCCCAAGUUGCUUAUGCGCUCCUGCAGCCUGUGUUCUGGAGAGAAAACAGGAGGAGUUGUAGGAUGUGUCUGUGUCCUGGAUGCUGAAGCCGCAUCGUCCUGCACGUCUGCACGUUUGAAUAAAGGCGUUCUUACUCUGGAA